AUGUUGCCCUCCAAGCCUAAGCUCGGGUCUUGGGUGUCAAGAACAUUCUUUUGUUGCAUUUUACUAGCCUUCUAUUCCAUCGUUGAGACAUAUAGCGAGUCUGCUCCUCUCGACCUGAAAGAUGCACGAUUCCGUGAAGCGGGUGCUACCGGAAACUCAUCCUGGUGGGUAUUUAAAACAAAAUCCAGCACAGAGAGAGCGAAAGUUAUAAACGGAAUAUCCCAGUAUAUCGGUAAAGGAACUGCGGCAAACUCGGACAUAUAUCUAUCCCAAGCGGAUUGGGUUUUGAACAAUACAGACGACGCCUCAAAAUUUUGGCUGAGAUGUUCUAAGGAGGUGGCCGAGAGAAUUAAAAUUGAAUGGGAUGUCACAAUCCAAGACGUAUCGAAAUCCCCCGAGCGGGAAAAUAGCAUAGACUUUCAGAACUCGACCUUUUUCGAAGCUCAAAAUGUACCAGGCGACCUAAAAUAUCAAACUAAACAUAUACAAGAGAAAAGAUCAAGAGGCAGCAAAGUUAAGAUCAAAACGUGGAAGAAUGACGUCCUAGAGAACUGCAUUAUAUCUCAAUACGACGAGUAUCCACUUACACAUCCAUGCAACUAUUAUACAACGGCGGCUCAGGGUGAAGGCGUCACCGUUUACAUCGUCGAUCAUGCAUUCGCAAUUUAUCACCAGGAUUUCAAACAUGUGUCGUGGGGUAAAUCUAAAGAUCACAUUUUCGCCGACGAGAAAGAUAGCCUGCCUAGUUGGUUCAAUUUCCGGAACUCACCUUUGGUACCAAAUAUAGUGGAUGAAGAAACUCUCCCACUUCUACGGGGAACAGCAGUCUUAAGUAAACUGCUUGGGAAAGAAUUCGGAGUCGCAAGAGGAGUGAAACCGAUCCUUGUCAAGACUUCUGAUCGUUUCUCAAGUCUCGAGCCUGAUACAGAUCACAUUUUCAGCGUCCUCCCAAAAGUGUUACUUGAUAUUAAACGAAAGUCCGCGAAAUUUGAUGUUUCGAAAAGAGAGGCACCAAAGUUUAUCGUCCUGAUAGCAACAGACUACGCAUUUGAAAGAGGGUCCACACCAUUUGGAUUUCAUGUGAGACGUUUAAGUCAGCUCAUUCAAGAGCUUAGUGAGAUGCCCAAUGUCGCCGUUGUCACUUCUGACGGCAAUCACUUUUCCGUCGCCCAAGCUCCCACUCCAGGAGAUAUUCCCGAGGCGGAACCUAUUAUCUCCUACCCGGGUAUCUUUGGACAAGAGAGUAAAAGAUUUCCCAACCUUGUCGUUACAGGCGGCACCCACCCAGGGAACGGCGAACUAGUAUCUCGGUAUUCAGACUUUAUACGUAUAUCAGCUCCCUCCGUGGAUAUCAAUGUCGCAGUUCCAGAUGGAGGUAAGUCAUGGGGUGGGAAAAAGUACACCAAGGCCAACAGUACCCCUCUCGCUGCGGCUGCUAUCACAGGAGUAUUGGCGACUUUAAUAUCCGCUAAGGAUUAUACAAUAUCCGAAGCAAUAGCGCGAGUCUACAAACUUGCAUACCCAAGACGCCGUGAACCAAGCCCUUUUAAUGACACCAGAGUCUUUCCAAACGUUGUUUAUAAUGGCUUGAGUCUACUUACAGCGGAAACAGUGGAGUUUGGAGAUGAGAAAGGAUCUGGAGAUGAGAAGGGAUCUGGGGAUGAGAAAGGGCACGGAAAUGAGGUCAAAGAAGCCAAGAUAGCUACAAUUACGGUCACGGUUCUCCUACCAAGACAGCAGUGCGUGAUAUUAAGGCGGGCGGUAACCACAGAGGCCCUCCAAAGCACCUCCGGAGUAGCUACUCAAACGAUAACAGUAUGUGAGCGUGAUAAAAUGCCAGAAACAACAUUUUUAGCUGUAAGUAGUACGGCCACCCUUAUCACAACAUCAGCCACUUCCCCACAGCCAUCUGGAAAUACACAUACAUACGAUGCUGCUUUCUGCAAGGAAUGUUUGGACUCCAAUGGUGUUACGCCAAUACAAGGGGUCUUAUGGAUUCCUAAGGAUUGUCCUUGUAAGAAAGAAACUAGGUAA